AGAGCAUCAAAGAAGACCUCAAAGUUGGGGGGGAAAAAUGACCUUUCAUGGAAUACCUCCUGCUACGUGUUUUUGCCUUGCUAAGCUCCAGUAACUGGCCCUGGGUCUACAGAAAGUCAACUGAACACCAGAUUCCUCAUCAUGCAUCAGCUAUUCAGACUGGUUUUGGGACAGAAAGAUCUUUCACGAGCCGGGGAUCUAUUCUCUUUAGAUGACUCUGAGAUUGAAGACAGCCUGACAGAAGCUUUGGAGCAAAUUAAAAUAAUUAGCUCAUCUUCAGAUUACCAAACCAAUAACAAUGACCAGGCAGUGGUUGAAAUCUGUAUCACACGAAUCACAACAGCAAUCAGAGAGACCAAGUCGAUUGAGAAGCAUGCAAAGGCCCUUGUGGGGCUCUGGGACUCCUGCUUGGAACACAACCUGAGACCCUCUGGGAAAGAUGAAGACACUCCCCAUGCAAAAAUCGCAUCUGAUAUCAUGAGUUGCAUUUUACAGAAUUAUAAUCGGCCACCUGUGAUGGCAUUGGCCAUCCCCAUUGCAGUGAAAUUCCUUCACAGAAGCAACAAGGAACUGUGCAGGAACAUGUCUAACUACCUGUCCCUGGCUGCAAUUACCAAGGCAGAACUCCUGGCUGAUCACACAGAGGCUAUAGUGAAGAGCAUACUCCAAGGUAACACCAUGUUGUUGCGAGUAUUACCUGCAGUGUAUGAAAAGCAGCCUCAGCUAAUUAACAGACACCUGACAGAGCUCCUAGCCUUGAUGCCUGAGCUGGAACAGCCAGAACAGUACCAUCUUCUACGGCUUUUGCAUGUAGCAGCAAAAAGAAAACAACCAGAGAUGGUUCAGAAGUGUAUUCCAUUCCUAAUUGGGCACUUGAAGGAUUCGACCCAUAAUGAUGUCAUCCUAAACAUCCUCAUAGAGAUUGCAGGCUAUGAACCAGUGGCGUUGAAUAGUUUUCUUCCAAUACUGAAAGAGAUUGGUGAGCGGUUUCCCUACCUCAUUGGACAAAUGGCGAGGAUCUAUGGAGCUGUUGGGCGUGUGGAUGAAGAGAAAGCCAGGAGCUGCCUCCCAUACCUGGUGAGCCAGCUGGCUAAUAUGGAGCACUCGUUUCACCACAUCCUCCUGUUGGAGAUUAAGAGCAUCACUGACACCUUCUCCUCCAUCCUGGGCCCUCAGAGCAGAGAUAUCUUCCGCAUGAGCAACAGUUUCACCGCCAUUGCCAAGCUCCUUACUCAACAACUGGAAAGCACCAAGGCCAGAAGUGACAGGAGAAAAAGCAGCACUGAAAUCGAGUCUCUUAAGAAGCUGGAAGAGACCAACCUUACUGUAGCUGAAAAUGAUGACCAGGAAAAACUCCAAGUUAAAAUACAGGCAUUUGAAGACAGAAUAAACACGGAGAGCAAUACCCCUGGCUCUAUCAGAAGAUACAGUUUGGGCCAAGUUUCUAAGGAAGAAAGAAAAGACAUUAGAUUUAACAGGUCAAAAAGUUUGGCUUUGCACACUGUGCUCACAAAGGGCAUGAGUUCAGAUGAUGGGGAAGAUGUGGAGAAUGGAAAUAUACAAGCUAGCAUCUCUCUUUUAGAAAUAGACCCACUUAGCCAAGAAAAUGACAAGUCGCCCUUUAAGGCAGACACUGACAGAUCACAGCUGGAAAAUUCUUCAGCUUCACACCCAAGUAUUAUACAAGUAGAAUCAGAGAAUUUGCCAGAAACAGUUAAAGAAAAUUUCCAGGAAGGAAUUCCACAGCCAGUCCCAAGUCCUGUAGAAUACAAAGAUAAGCUCUAUUUACACUUAAAGGAAAACCUCAGCAAAGUAAAAGCAUAUGCCAUGGAAAUUGGAAAGAAGAUUCCAGUCCCUGAUCAGUGUACCAUUGAAGAUACUAUAAGCAGUUGUGUAGCCAAGUUGUUCUUCACCUGCUCCCUGAAGGGUCAUUACUGCCUGUACAGUAAAUCCAGUUUUAUUCUCAUCAGCCAAGAACCUCAGCCAUGGAUCCAGAUCAUGUUUCUAUUUCAGCAGAGCCUGUUUCCAGAGCCCCUGUCCAUACAGAGUCAUUCUGUGCAAUUUCUCAGAGCUCUGUGGGAGAAGACUCAAGUGGAGGGUACUCACAGCUUUGAAACAGCUAUGAUGGAGUCCACAUUUCCACAUCAGAAGGAUCUGGACCAGGUACAGCUCCAUCUGGAAGAAGUGAGAUUCUUCGAUGUGUUUGGCUUCAGCGAAGCAGCAGGAGCAUGGCAGUGCUUCAUGUGUAACAACCCUGAAAAAGCAACCGUUGUAAAUCAAGAUGGCCAGCCUCUCAUAGAAGGAAAACUUAAAGAGAAGCAAGUCAGAUGGAAGUUCAUCAAAAGGUGGAAAACCCGCUAUUUUACCCUUGCUGGAAAUCAACUCCUAUUUCAAAAAGGAAAGUCUAAAGAUGAUCCUGAUGACUGCCCGAUAGAACUCAGCAAAGUGCAGAGCGUGAAAGUUGUGGCCAAGAAGCGUAGGGACCGCUCUCUCCCUCGGGCUUUUGAGAUCUUCACAGACAAUAAGACCUAUGUUUUCAAGGCCAAGGAUGAGAAGAAUGCGGAAGAGUGGCUCCAGUGCAUCAACGUGGCAGUUGCCCAAGCAAAAGAGAGGGAAAGUAGAGAAGUAACCACAUAUCUGUAGGAUUUAUAAGUAUGACUAAACACUGAUUAUAUACAAUGUGCAUUGUGUUACUGUUGCAAAUGUCAGUAAAGUCACCAAAUCAUUUUUUCCCCUAAAUACCAGUGGAAUAGUUGUCCUUGAGGAGCAGGACCUAAAGUGCUGACAGGACUCUUAGUACAUUUCAAACCUUAACAGCCUUU